UUUUUGUGGCCAGUUGGUCUCGCCUGUUGCCGCUGUAUGUUGCUCUCCUUCCUGGUCGAGACUUACCUCUGAGGAGCUGCCGAUGUCGCCUCACAUCCAUUGAAAUUUGAAAAAACCCCAAUAAGGAUUCCAAAUUGUUACUCCUCCAUGGCAGUGAAGUGCCGAACUGAGGAUUAAAGUGCACCGUUCCCCUUUUCUUCGCAAAUGGCUUGCUGUCUGAAGGACGAGCUCCUGUGUUCCAUCUGCCUCAGCAUCUACCAAGAUCCAGUCAGUUUUGGGUGCGAGCACUACUUCUGCCGCAAGUGCAUCACUGAGCACUGGAGCCGGCAGGAGCCGCACGGCGCCCGCGACUGCCCCGAGUGCCGACGCAGCUUCGCCGACCCGCUGCUGUCGCCCAGCCUCAAGCUGUCUAACAUCGUGGAGCGCUACUCGGCCUUUCCGCUCGACGCCAUUCUUAACGCCCAACGCAGCUCGUACCCCUGCAAGGACCACGAGAAGGUCAAGCUCUUCUGCCUCACUGACAAGAGCCUGGUGUGCUUCUUCUGCGACGAACCGGCGCUCCACGAACAGCACCAGGUCACCACCAUUGACGAGGCGUACGAAGAAAUUCAGAGAGAGAUGAAAGAGCAGCUGGCCACACUGCAUGACAGCGAGAAGGGUCACACCGAGGCCCUGCAGCUCUUGCAGAGACAGCUCACUGAGACUAAGUCUUCAGCCAAAGGUCUGCGCGCCACCAUCGGCGAUGCCUUUGAGCGCCUUCACCGCUUCCUACGCGAGCGUCAGAAGAGCAUGUUAGAAGAACUAGAGAUGGACACGGCGCGUAAGCUAACCGACAUCGAGCACAAGAUCCAACGCUAUAGCCAGCAACUACGCGACGUCAAGGAGGGCAUCCAAAUCCUGCAGGAGCGGCUCAAUGAGACGGGACGCCACGACUUCCUUGAAGGAGUGGCCAUCACAUCUGAGAGGAUUAAAGGGAAGAUCCAUGAGACCAAUCUGACUUAUGAAGACUUUCCGACAUCCAAGUACAUGGGGCCUUUGCAGUACACCAUCUGGAAGUCACUAUUCCAGGAUAUUUCUCCAGUGCCCGCCGCUUUGAUGCUGGACCCCAUCACGGCUCACCAAAGACUGAUCCUUUCGGACGACUGCACCAUCGUGGCCUACGGGAACCUCCAUCCGCAGCCGCUGCAGGACUCGCCACGACGCUUUGACGUGGAGGUGUCGGUCCUCGGUGCCGAGGGCUUUGCGUCCGGCGUACACUACUGGGAGGUGAUGGUGUCAGAGAAGACCCAGUGGAUGAUCGGCGUAGCGAGCGAAACGGUGAGCCGCAAGGGCAGCAUCCAGAUCCAGCCCGGCCGCGGCUUCUACUGCAUCGUCAUGCACGACGGCAACCAAUACAGCGCCUGCACCGAGCCUUGGACCCGUCUCAAUGUCAAGAGCAAGCUCGAGAAGGUGGGCGUCUACCUGGACUACCCCAAAGGCCUGCUCAUCUUCUACAACGCGGACGACAUGUCCUGGUUGUACACCUACCGUGAGAAAUUCCCGAUGAAGGUCUUCCCUUACUUCAGUCCGGGCCAAAGUCACGCCAACGGCAAGAACGUACAGCCUCUGCGGAUUAACACCGUGCGCCUUUAGAGCUCCGCGCGGCUAUCCUCGUUUUCUUCAAGCGUAUGCGGGUUUCAAAAGAUGUCCAAGAAAUGUUCACUGUCAGGUGUUUAUCUGUUGUGUAAAAACCCUACUUAAGAUCCAUCACAAAAUGGAGGAAGAGGGGUGUUAGCUGAGGAUAAAAGAGGGCUUCGAUCAUCGUUUUUAUUCAUCUACUUGUGCUGUUCAGGUGGGCAGGGAAGCUGGAGUCUAUCUAGCUGGUCAUCAGUCCAUCACAAGGUGCUGUGCUUUGUGCCGUUUUCCCUGAUAGAAUCAUACUGAUAAUCUGAUUUUUGAUAACUGUCACUCAAGAUAACAGAAAAUAGGGGGAAAGAUCAUGUCCCUGGUGGAGUCAUCCAUUUUGUAAGUGAUUGAACAGCUAAAGUCUCAUAUCUGACUGACCUAAAAAUGGGCUACACCUGAAACCUUUGCCAUUCAGUCGCAGGAAACCUCUUGUUGAACCUCACUAAUAAUUAGACUUGUUCUGGUGGUCAGUGAAUUAUGUCACAAAAUGGACGACUAGAUAUGACCCUCAAGAUGAAAAGGGGCUGCAAUCAUCCAUUUUGUACCACUUAUUGUUGUUUGGGGUUUGGGGGAAGACUGGGUGAAAGGGGACUACAUCCUGCCAAUUACGUGUGACUCUUCUUUGUUGGAAUUUCACUAAGGUGACUUGUGCCUGUGGUCACUGAGGGUGUUACAACAUGGUGACAAGGGAUGUACCUUGAGGUGACGUGAGGCUGUGAUUGGCCCCUGAGUCUGUCUUGACUGACUCGAACAAUGGACUAUACAUCUGUCACUGUUCAACGGCAGGGUGUUUUGCAUUGUUCUGUUUUCCUUGAUGGAACCUCACUCACGUCGCGCACCGUCUCUUAAUGUACUUUUGUGUCUACCCUACCCAGAAAGUCUCCAUAAGAGAAAGUAACGCUGCUAUUAAGCGACAUGGAUUUCACAUGCAAGUUUCCCAUGGAAUUAUAUGGCGGCGUAACUGAAUUUUUAACAAGUUCUAGGUCCUUAGUAAAGAUAUACAGUAAUUACAGUAUCUUUUCUGGACUAUGUCACAAUUUUUCCAUAGUUUGUCGGGGUCUGCGACUUAUACUCCAGGGUGAUCAAUGUUUUGUUUUUUUCCUCUUUUUUUGGCUGGUUUGAUUUAAUUGUAAAUUCUUAUAUAUAGUCCAGAAAAUACGGUACAUAUGAGUUUUGGGGUUGCCAUAUACAGUGAAGAAAAUAAGUAUUUGAACACCCUGCUAUUUUGCAAGUUCUCCCACUUAGAAAUCAUUGAAGAGUCUGAAAUUUUCAUCGUAAGUGAAUGUCCACUUUGAGAUAAACUAAAAUGAAAAAUGCAGAAAUCAAAAUGCAUGAUUUUUUAACAAUUUAUUGUGUGGUACAGCUGCAAAUAAAUAUUUGAAAACCUGCCUAUCAGCCAGAAUUCGGACCAUAAAAGACCUGUUAGUCCGCCUCCCCUCCAUGUAUUAUCCUGAAUCAGAUGCAGUUGUUUGAGGUCGAUGGCAGCAUCGGGACACCUGUCCACCCCAUACAAUCAGUACUACUCAAACUUGUAACAUGGUCAAGACCAGAGAGCUGUCUAAAGACACCAGAGACAAAAUUGUUCACCUCCACAAGGCUGAAAAGGGCUGUGGAGCAAUUGCCAAGCAGCUUGGUGAAAAAAGGUCUACUGUUGGAACAAUCAUUUGAAAAUGGAAGAAGCUAAACAUGACUGUCAAUCGGAGUGGGCCCGAUGUAAGAUAUCACCUCAUGGGGUCUCAAUGAUCCUAAGAAGGUGAGGAAUCAGCCGAGAUCUACACAGCAGGAAGUGGUCAAUGACCUGAAAAGAGCUGGGACCACCAUUUCCAAGGUUACUGUUGGUAAUACACUGACGUCAUGGUUUGAAAUCAUGCAUGGCACGGAAAGGGUCUCCUGCUUAAACCAACGCAUAUCAAGGCCCGUCUUAAGUUUGCCUUUGACCAUUUGGAUGAUGCAGAGGAGUCAUGGGAGUUUUGUGGUCAGAUGAGAGAAAAAUAGAACUUUUUGGUCAUAACUCCACUAAACGUGUUUGGAGGAAGAAUGAUGAGUACUAUCCCAAGAACACCAUCCCUACUGUGUAGUAUGGGGGUAGUAGCAUCAUGCUUUGGGUGUGUUUUUCUGCGCCUGGAACAGGACGAGUGCACUGUAUUAAAGAGAGGAUGACUAGGGCCCAGUAUUGUGAGAUUUUGGGGAACAACCUCCUUCCCUCAGUCAGAGCAUUGAAGAUGGGUCGUGGUUGUAACUUCCAACAUGACAAUGACCCAAAGCACACAGCCAGGAAAACCAAGGAGUGGCUCCAUAAGAAGCAUAUCGAGGUUAUAGCAUGGCCUAGCCAGUGUCCAGACCUAAACCCAAUAGAAAACCUUUGGAGGGAGCGCAAACUCAGCGACAGCCCAGAAACCUGACUGAUCUAAAGAAGAUCUGUGUGGAGGAGUGGGCCAAGAUCCAUCCUUAAGUGUGAGCAAAAUUGGUGAAAAUCUGCAGGAAACGUUUGACUUCUGUAAUUGCAAACAAAUCAUACAUUGUGAUUUCUGGAUUUUUAUUUUUAGCAGGGUGUUUAAAUACCUGUUUUCUUCACUGUAUAUACAUAUACAGUAUAAAUAAAACUAAUGAAAACAUCACAACAUAAAUAAAUGCAUCUUUUUAAUCAAAUUAUUUCAAUGAUUGAAGUUCUGCACUUCGAAAUGUAAUAUUUAAAGACCACAGUAAACCGAAGUCUCGAAGAAAAUUUAACACAGUUCAAUCUGUUUUUUCUUUUACUUUACAUUUUAAACUUCAAAUCAAAACCUAAAAGGAAAAAAUGAAAUUAGUCAUUUGUUCCGGUAUCAAAUGUGUAUGAUACUUUAUUUAAAACCACUGUGGUUUUUUUUACAUAGCUUCAGCCUUGUGACGUUUAACUCAUACACCCACCGCUGUUGCCGACAACAGACAUCCCAUCGGUUUCGAUUGGGAGGGAUGGCAGCAAUCAUUAGCCGUCAGUUCAAAUAAAUUGGACGUCUAUGGUCUUCAACGGCACUGAAAUGUAAUCAUACAAACACAUCCAUGUGACAAAAACCCAGAUGAUUCUUACUUGUUGGUCGGUCCCACGUGCCCCAAGCCCUCGGCUUAAUGGGCACAUGUGGACACGAGUUCUAAGAGCUUCUUGUCCCUCAGCCAAAUCCGCCAUGCUGGCUGCAUUUUGAAUCCAGCGAGGCCCGUCAUUCAUUAAACCCAUCUGGAGCUCCUUUUUGGGAUCCAAUGAAACACCUCAAAUAACCAGGAGGGUCUGAUUGAGAAUAUUUGUCUUUUUGUCGUCGUGGUUGAUUUUCACUGAUUUGUCAGGGUUGCGGUUCUGAUUACAAUCAUUUUAAUUGCUUCAGAAAUAAAUAAAAAAUAACAACAAAGAACUGAACCAAUCAAGCCCUUUGUUGGUGACACCUCAAUGUCGUUUGUGUUAUGAUAUUUAAAUGAGAUUAAUGUGCAAUGAUGCUAUGGAGGAGAAAUGUCCCAUGUACAAUAAAUGACUUGUAAAUACCUCAGUGUGUGGAAAUUUCUCACCUUUGCCUACAUUAGUGUUUUGCUCCGGCAGCAUUCACGAGAUUUUUGGAGGGUUCCAGCCUGGAUUAGAGCCAGCUGUUUUACUAAAUGACUCAAACGUUAAGAAAAAAUGCAGUGGAUUAGGAGGGAUUAUAGCGUUUUAGGAUGCAGCCUUGUGAGCCUGACUCUGAAUUGUCAUGGAAAUCCAUCCCAUUGUUUAUCAAAUCACUUCACUGAUAUAUUUUACAGAUGCAUCCUUGUCGUGAUUUAUUUAUGUAAAAACGUCUAUUGCCGUCAAUGACACUGGUAAUAUAUGAUCAUUCACUACCAUUCCUCCCAGUUCAAAAAAUAGGAUCCCUAUCUCCCAUUCCAUUUUAAGGCUCCUCUAGGAAGCUUUUGGCGCCCUCCAGUGGUGAACAUAUUUUACGACGAUACGAGCGUGGGAGCAAAUUCGUGU